AUGUAUAAUAAAGAAGGGAUUAUGGAGUUACUCGUUAGUCAUAAAACUGAGAUUUCUGGUUCAAUAAGUUCAGGAAUUAUAGCUUUUGAUGACCAGCCACAAAGUUCUGGAAUUAUACCUUUUGAGAAGCCACGGAUUGAUUAUGAUGUUCCAGAUAAAAUUAAGGAACCGUUGAAGUCUGCUCACUGGUUACAUCUCUUUCAAGGAGUUGAACAGUUGUUUCCGGGAGGUGUUGAACAAGUUCGUUGUGAUUUACAGAAGUAUCACGCAGCAGCUGGUUAUGAAUACAUGGUAUAUAGGAAUGAGAAGUUGAGGAUUGGUGCACGUUGUGCUAAUAAGAACAAAGAGGAGAAAUGUGACUGGCAUUUAUAUGCUGUGUCUGUUGAUGGUGUUGUAGGAAAACAUUUAAUUUACCUUGUACGAUUAUUUUUUUGGGGUUUGUUGAAGGUUACUGAGACGAGAGCAACUAGGGCUCAUAGUGGAGGAGAUGAUCAACAUGUAACUACAAGAAAGCAAAAACAACAUGCAGAAACUAAGCAAACAGGUGAUCAAGAGAUUGAACAAAAAUCAAAGAAACCCAAGUCAGAAAAGGGAGAUGAACCUGAUGUUGAUGUUAAUGCGAAAUCAACAGAAGAGGAGGAUAUAGUUAAGGACUUUGAAGAUUUCUGCAACACCAUUAGAAAAUCUCUCUCCGUUGAACAGAUGAGGCAAAUUCUUAAAGCUAAUGAACAAGAUGACUCUGGCACCGAUGAUGCGGUAGUACCCAGAUGUCAAGAUAUGUUGUUUUAUGGUCCCUUGGACAAAUGCCCUAUUUGCAGGGGUCCCUUGGAGUACACCGGCAGCAACUACUCAUGCUCGGGAAUAUACAGUGAGUGGUCAAGUUGUACUUACAAAACAAAGGAUCCUCCUAGGAUAGAGGAUAAACUUAAGUUACCUGAUGAGAUCUCUGCUCUUAUAAAGAAACGUCAAGACCCAAAAAAUCGCCAUACCAGAAAACUAAAUGCAGCUGAAAAGGUAUUUAGUGGGAUGCUGAUAUCACUAUCUGGACGUCUUUCCCGGACACAUCAAUACUGGAAAAAAGAAAUCCUAAAGAAUGGUGGAAAAGUUUCAAACACAAUCCCACAGGGUGUAACCUGUCUUGUCGUAUCCCCCGCUGAACGAGAACGUGGUGGAUCGGGGAAGGUCACUGAAGCAAUGGAAAGAGGAAUACAUGUGGUGAGUGAAGCCUGGUUAAUUGAGAGCAUUGACAAACAAUCGGCCCAACCUGUUGAAGCUUACGAUGUUGUUAGCGAUCUUACUACGUAUGGCGAGGGUAUUCCAUUGGAUAAAAUGGAUCCUAGUGAAGAAGCACUAGAGACCUUGAAUGCUGAGCUAAAGCUUUAUGGGAAGCGAGGAGUCUAUAAGGACACCAGAUUACGGGAGGAGGGUGGGGAAAUCCUCGAGAAGGAUGGAAUCCUUUACAACUGCGCUUUCUCUCGAUGUGAUAAAGGAAGAGAACUAAACGACUAUUGUAUUAUGCAACUUAUUGUGGUGCCUGAGAACCGGUUACAUCUUUACUUCAAGAAGGGGCAAGUGGGAGAUGAUGACAAGGCUGAAGAGAGGCUCGAGGAGAAGGAUAAUGUUGAUGAUGCAGUGAAGGAGUUUGCGGAGCUGUUCAAGGAAGUUACAGGAAACGAAUUUGAGCCAUGGGAGAGGGAGAAAAAAAUCCAGAAGAAGCAUACGAAGUUUUAUCCCGUGGACAUGGACGACGGUGUCGAUGUUCGGCACGGUGGUCUGGGUCUUAGGCAACUUGGAGUAGCCGCUGCACAUUCCAAACUGGACCCCCUUGUGGCAAAUUUUCUGAAGGUUCUAUGUAGUCAAGAGAUCUAUAGGUAUGCUCUAAUGGAGAUGGGUCUGGACUCACCUGAUUUACCUAUGGGGAUGCUGACAGACCUGCAUUUGAAUAGAUGUGAGGAAGUUCUGAACGAGUUCAUAGACAAGUUCAAAAUGACUACGGAAACUGGACAGAACAAUGAAGCAAUUUGGUCAGAUUUCAGCCAGAGAUGGUUCACUCUUAUGCAUUCCACCAGGCCUUUCAUCUUUAGAGACUACCAUGAGAUAGCAGACUACGCGGCGGCAGCAUUGGAGACAGUUCGUGAUAUAAAUGUGGCUUCUCGUGUUGUAGGGGACAUGACAGGGUCUACUAUUGAUGACCCAUUGUCCGACAGGUUUGAGAAAAUGGGAUGCUCGAUCAGGCCUGUGGAUAAGAACAGCGAAGACUACAAGAUGAUUCAGAAUUACCUUGAGAAGACAUAUGAGCCAGUGAAGAUUGAAGAUGUUGAUUAUGGUGUAUCGCUUGAGAAUGUAUUCGCUGUCGAACCAAGUGCUGGUCCUUCUUUUGAUGAUAUCAAGAAGUUGCCUAACAAGGUUCUCUUGUGGUGUGGCUCUAGGAGCUCCAAUCUGCUGAGGCAUCUGCACAAAGGGUUUCUGCCUGCGAUAUGUUCUCUGCCUGUGCCUGGCUAUAUGUUUGGUAGAGCAAUUGUGUGCUCUGAUGCUUCGGCUGAAGCUGCUAGGUACGGAUUCACAGCUGUUGAUAGGCCAGAAGGGUUCUUGAUUUUAGCUGUUGCUUCACUAGGUGAUCAGAUUACAGAAGUCACCAGUCCACCUGAGGAUACGAAGCCUUUGGAAGAGAAGAAGGCAGGUGUGAAGGGAUUGGGAAGAAAGAAAACGGACGAGGCAGAACAUUUUACGUGGAAAGAUGAUAUCAAAGUUCCUUGCGGUCGAUUGAUUCCUUCUGAGCACAAAGACAGUCCACUGGAGUUUAAUGAAUAUGCUGCUUAUGAUCCGAAACAGGUUAGCAUCAGGUUUGUUGUUGGAGUGAAGUAUGAAGAGAAGGCUCCCCUGAUGGAUACGGAGGAGGAGGAGUAG